AAAAAAAAAAAAAAACGUUAGCUUGUGUUGCUAAUUUGGGAUAGUAAAUGGAUGUCUCUCUCAUUGGACAGACUCUGGUUAGAUGAUGAUCACAAAGAAGAUAGGAGUUAUAUUGCCUUGAAGGUGCAGACUGGGAUUGUGAAAAGGAGAAUCCCUGGUAAAGGAUGUCUGACAUGGUGAAGACUGAAGCAGAAGAGCCUGGAGGGCCAGGUUAUGUUCCCCUCUUAGCUGAACCUUUUCCAUUAAAGAUGGAGCACAUGCAAGACAGAAAAGACCUCGCUCAUCAGAUGCUGGUGAUUAAAGAAGAGGAUACACAUGGCUGUUCCCCCAGUUUGGACCAGCAGGACCAAGAACCUUCUCGCAUAAAGGAGGAAGAGGAGGAACUAUGGCUCAGCGAGGGGGAAGAGAAGCUUACUGUGAAGAGUGCAGAAGAAGUGAAACCUCAAUUAUUAGAACUUCAUCAAAUCAAAAGUGAAGACAACAGAGAGACAGAAAAUCCAACCCUCAGUUCAGCUGAUCCGAUGGAAAAACAACCUAACGGAGGAUACUGUGGAGGUCCAGAACUAGACUUCGACUCAGAUCCAGUGUGUUCCUAUCAGAAAAGUAAGAUGACAGUUCACAGAAGGGGUAAAGGAUCUAAACUACGCAUCAAGCUGAAUGCCCAGGGCCAAAUCCAUAAAGGAGAGAAAUCAUUUGGUUGCAAUAUUUGUGGCAAAAGAUUCAAACGUGAGGCUAACUUCAAAUUACACAUUGUGAUUCACAAUGAAAAGAGAGAACAUAUUUGUAAUCUUUGUAGUAAAGGAUUUAAGAUAAAGCGCGCUCUUCAGACACACAUGAGACGGCACACAGGAGAGAGACCGUUUGCCUGUGAAAAUUGCGGUAAAAGGUUCCAUGCAAAGAGUAAUCUCACGAGUCACUUAAAAGUCCACUCAGAAGAAAAAACAUUUUCUUGUGAUGUUUGUGGUACUAGGUUUAUAAGAAAUGAAAACCUUAAAAGGCACAUGUGGAUCCACACCACAGAGAAGCCAUUUGUUUGUAGUGUUUGCAAUAAGGGAUUUUCACUGCAGCAGAGGCUGGAAACUCACAUGCAUGCUCACAAGGGAGAGAAACUCUUUAUGUGUACUGUUUGUAGUAAAGGAUUUUCCAGACAUGAGAAUCUUAAAAGGCACAUGCGUGUCCACACAGGAGAGAAACCAUUCGCCUGCAGUUUUUGCAGUAAAGGAUUUUCACUACAAGAGACGCUAAAGAGUCACAUGCGUGUUCAUACGGGAGAGAAGCCAUUUAUUUGUAGCAUUUGUAGCCAAGGAUUUUCUCUGCAACAGAAUCUAAAGAGCCACAUGUAUGUUCACACAGGAGAAAAACCCUUUAUUUGUAGUGUUUGUAAUAAAGGAUUUUCCCGGCAGGUAUAUCUAAAAAGUCAUAUAAAGGUUCAUACAGCACCUUUUAGCUGUAGCAGUUGUAGUAAAUGUUUUAUGAAUGAAGAACAGCUACAGAGACAUGUGAGGUUUCACUCGGAGGACAGGCCGUUUAGUUGUGAGGUCUGUAAAAGUAGAUUCAAUCAAAAGAUUCAUCUUGAAAGUCACAUGCGGGUUCAUUCAGGAGAGAAACCUUUUGUUUGUAGUGUUUGCAGUAAAGCAUUUUCACGACCAGGGGAUCUGAACAGACACAUGGGUAUUCACAAGGGCUACAGCUAAUGAUUGAUUGACAGCUAAUUUUUCAAUAUGAUUUUAGGCAAUUAAAUUAUUAUAUUAAUCAGGGGCUGAAAUUCACUGCUAAAAAGUGGGAAUAGCAAAUUAUCUGAUCCGCAAAUCCAUUUUUUUUAUAAUGUGGGAAAUUCCCCCUUAAAAAAAAAAUCAUGGGAAUGUGUAGCUACUAAUGUUGAUGUUUUCAGAUUUAGACAAAGAAGAAAAUCUCCGCUACUGACUGUUCUUCUUUUCUUUUCUUUUUUUUUUUUUCUUAUUCUACUCUUAGAGCCCAAGGUUUUGGCUAGCAAACCAAUGGUCAUCAUACUUAAUAUCUUUAACCUUUAAAAUAUAUUUCAAAUAUGGAUCGCUGGCUAAAAAGCAAAUAUUUCGUCCUAUCAACAGAGGACCCAACUUCUAAAAAAAAAACACAAAUCAAAAGGUCAGAUACGUUUCAGCCUAAAUGGCUAGACUUGCAUCCCUGGUGACAUGAGCUGCUCCAUCUGCAAAAAUGUAUGGUCCUGUACCUCAUACCAGCCAAAACUGUAAAACCUCAACUUUGUGCCGCCACUCUGACAAUGUUUCUCUCACACUGCAGCAGUGAAAAAACAAAACGUGAGGCAGAUUCAGCUAAAAAUGUAAUGCUCCAUGAUGCACAAGUGCAGCAUGAAGAUGAAAGAAAUGGGCUUCUUAAAACUGCUGACUGUGUUGCAGAAAAUGAAAUGGCCAAAGCAAACGUUGAAUAUAUAUAGGCAUGGAUCUGAUUUUAGAUUAUAUUAAUCUGUGUAGGUAACCUUGCAAGGUUUUCCAUCCUAAAAAAAUAUUCUUCCUUUAACACCACAGUUAAGUGAGAAAAAGAGACCAUGCAAGGGAAAGGGCAAGAGAGAGCAGCUGAAACAACCACCCCCCCUAUUUCAAAAGUGAUUUUCAGGCACUAUUAAUUCAUCCUGCCCUCAGGGGGAGCAUCAUAUUUCAAAUCACUACACAAUAUUUUGUGAACCAUUCAUUUAAAAAUAUGAUUUGCUACUUUUUGGAGCUCUAGGUUAAGAUAAAGAAUAAUUAAAACUUGGUUUGAGCACUGAUUGUUAUAGAAACUUAGAAGUCAAACUGUUAAUCUUAGCAAUGGGUUUUGUCUUAUCUGACUGUUGUGCAUGAAUGUUACCACAAGGUGGCAACGAUGCAUUUGCAAAGCUCCAGCAGGACCUAUAGAUGCUAAUUUGCUAAAUUGUAAAAGUUUGAAAGCUUAUGCAAUCAUCAAUCAUUUUAGGGCAAGGUUAAUUUAUGUAUGUGUGUUUAGGUGUGUGUGUAUAUAUAUAUAUAUGUAUGCAUGUGUGUAUAUAUGUAUGUAUUUAUAUGUGUAUAUGUAUAUGAAUUCUAGACAUAUAAUUUAAUAUUUAUUUCCUAUUCUAAUAAUAAAAAAAUAAAUGUACACAUGUAAAACUGUACUUGAUCAACAUGUCCUUAAUGGAACCCAGGUUUUACUUAAGUUGUCUGUUAGAGAGGAGCUCUGCACGAUUGUGUUGUAUAUUUUAAUUCAGUCUGUGUAAAUACUUGAAAAUAAGGAAUACUUUUUAUUUAUUUAUUCAUUAAUUUAUUUGGCUAAUUGCCCAGUAUAAAAUACCUGUUGACAGGGUGUUUUUUUCCCAUCUUCUUUUUAUACAUAUUUUUUUUAAUUAAAGUUCCAAGAAUUAAAGGGUGAAAAUUGACCAUUUUUUAUAUAUUUCUGCCAGUCAGCAUAGUUAGUUAGAUACAAUGUCUGCAGGCUAGUUUUCUUACAUAGAGCUACAAAUGUUAAACUUUUUUUUUUCACUCUUUAAACCCGUUAUAUAUUUAUGUAACUAACCUGUCUUUGAACUUGCUGCAAAAUUUGAAACUGAGCAAUGAUGAACAUAAUCAGAAUUGUGAAUUAAAACACCCUUGGAAAACAUUUCAUAUUAUUUGAUGAAGUUUGUUUGGAAAAAAUUAAAAUGACUUGGUUUUAACUGCAAAA